UGCCUGGGCUUCCCCCCACCCCACCCCCUGGUUCCUGUCUGUGCUGCUUCGGUUUGCAAAAGGUUGCCUUGAAGCGGAGCCAGGCCGAGGCAACGAUCUAGGCACAGGAGGGCUUCACCCCAUUACCCGAGAUGUCGGAAGAGGUCAUUGUGCCUAUCUAUUGCACGGGGGUCUCCGCUCAGGUCCAGAAGCAGCGGGCCAAAGAUCUAGGCUUGGGCAAACACGAGAAUGCAGUCAAGUACCUGAACCAGGAUUACGAGAGGCUUCGCAACGAGUGCUUGCAGAGUGGAGCCCUUUUCAGGGAUGACACCUUCCCCGCCACGGCCUCUUCCCUGGGUUUCAAGGAGCUUGGGCCAAACUCCUCCAAGACGUACGGAGUCAAGUGGAAACGGCCUACGGAGCUGUGCCGCAACCCUCUCUUCAUUGUGGACGGGGCAACCCGCACAGACGUCUGUCAAGGAGCUCUGGGUGACUGCUGGCUCCUGGCGGCCAUUGCCUCCCUCACCCUGAACGACCCUCUUCUGCAUCGUGUUGUCCCCCAUGGGCAGAGCUUCCAGAAUGGGUACGCUGGCAUCUUCCACUUCCAGAUCUGGCAAUUUGGCGAGUGGGUCGACGUGGUGGUGGAUGACCUCCUCCCAACCAAAGAUGGCAAGCUUGUGUUUGUCCACUCCGCAGAAGGCAACGAAUUCUGGAGCGCUCUGCUUGAGAAAGCUUAUGCCAAGGUGAACGGCUGCUACGAGGCUCUUUCGGGAGGGAGCACCUCAGAAGGGUUCGAAGACUUCACGGGAGGCGUUACUGAGUGGUACGACCUACGAAAGCCGCCCAGCGACCUCUUCCAGAUCAUCUUAAAGGCCCUGGAGAGGGGGUCUCUCAUGGGUUGCUCCAUUGAUAUCACCAGUGCUUUUGACAUGGAGGCUGUCACCUUUAAGAAGCUGGUGAAAGGCCAUGCCUAUUCCGUCACUGGAGCUGAGCAGAUCAACUACCGAGGGCAGAGAGUUAGCCUGAUACGUAUGCGAAACCCGUGGGGGGAGGUGGAGUGGACUGGAGCUUGGAGUGACAACUCUGGGGAAUGGAACGCCGUGGAUCCAUCUAUAGGGCAGCAGCUGAGAAUUAAAAUGGAAGAUGGAGAAUUCUGGAUGUCCUUCCAAGACUUCCUCCGGGAAUUCACCCGCCUUGAGAUUUGCAACCUCACGCCAGACGCGCUGAAGUCGCGCAAGUUCCGGAAGUGGAACACGACGCUCUACGACGGGACCUGGAGGCGGGGGAGCACAGCUGGCGGCUGCAGGAACUACCCAGCAACGUUCUGGAUUAACCCCCAGUUCAAAAUCCGCUUGGAAGAGGUGGACCACGACGACGACGAGGACAGGAGGGAGCCGGGCUGCAGUUUCCUCCUGUCUCUGAUGCAGAAGCACCGGCGCCGGGAGAGGCGGUUUGGCAAGGACAUGGAAACCAUUGGCUUUGCCGUCUACGAGGUGCCUCCUGAGUUCAGGGGGCAGACCUCCGUACACCUGAAGCGCGACUUCUUCCUGUCGAACUCCUCGCGGGCGCGAUCCGAGCAGUUCAUCAACCUGCGCGAGGUCAGCACCCGCUUCAAGCUGCCGCCGGGGGAGUAUAUCGUGGUGCCUUCCACCUUUGAGCCCAACAAGGAAGGGGACUUCGUGCUCCGGGUCUUCGCAGAGAACAAAGCCGGGACAGUGGAAAUGGACGAUGAGAUCCAGGCUAAUCUCCCAGAUGAGAAAGUGCUUUCAGAAAGCGAGAUUGAUGAUAGCUUCAAGCAACUCUUUAAGCAGCUGGCGGGGGCGGAUAUGGAAAUCAGCGUUCGCGAACUGCAGACUAUCCUCAACAGAAUCAUAGGGAAACAUAAAGACCUUCGGACGAAAGGGUUCACUUUGGAGUCCUGUCGGAGUAUGGUGAACCUCAUGGAUAGAGAUGGAAAUGGGAAACUUGGAUUGGUGGAGUUUAACAUCCUUUGGACCAAAAUCAGGAGCUAUUUGGCAGUCUUUAGGAAGUUCGAUUUGGACAAGUCGGGGAGCAUGAGUGCCUACGAGAUGCGGAUGGCUCUGGAGGCUGCAGGCUUCAAGCUGAACAAGAAACUGUACGAGCUAAUCAUCACCCGCUACGCUGAACCUGAUCUGGCCAUCGACUUUGACAAUUUUGUCUGCUGCUUAGUGCGACUUGAAACCAUGUUCCGGUUUUUCCAAGCACUGGACUCGGACAAGGAUGGAAUCGUCACCUUUGACUUGGUUAAGUGGAUACAACUAACCAUGUUUGCCUGAAGAAGAAAUGGCACCAUCCCUGCACGGCUCUCUGGCCCUUCUCCUCGGACAUCUUUUGUGCUUUAGUUCUUUUUACCUGCAAGUGCCUUGCAUCACAAUGUGGUCGCUUCUUGCUUUUUCGCUGCUUCCACCUCAAAUAAAGGAACAGACGUGCUUA